UAGUUAAAGAACAAACCCAAAAUUGUUUCAAAAUUGAUCAACACAAAAGACAGUUCUGCCAAAUUCCUUGUGGAAAACAGUAGAAACAUGCACAAGGCCUGGAAAAAACCGCUGCACAAGCGGAAAGUGUGGCAGAAGAUCUCAGUGAUGGGUCGCAUGGUGUACUAUAUGCAGCCAUUGCUGUCUGAUCUGCAGGGUAUCUGGCUGGAGCCGCUGCCCUUUCCCACAUUGCUGAAGCUCGCCUUUAGCUGCCUGCUGUGUUUUGUCAUCCUGCUGCCGCUUCUUUUCCCGAUACUCGUGGUCCUCUUCUACUUUGGCAUCUUCCAGUACGUGGCCGAGCAUCACUCGUGGUUGAGCUUUGAUCAGAACUGGGACCUGCUCGGCGCCAUGUCCAACCUGUGGAGCUUUGAGGUGACCAACAAGAAGUACCAGCUGUACCUGCAUAUGUGCCUCGAUCGCUAUCAGACGAUUAUAAUAGGAGUAUCUACGACACUGGACUACAUGCGCAUGGCCCUGUUUUUUAUCUUCAGUUGAAUGAUGAAACGGAAAAGGAAU